UUUCGUUCGUCACAUCCGUCGUGAAUAUGUGUAAAAAUUACAAGAAUGUAAUUAAAAUACUUAUUUAUACGAUUAACUUAUCUCUUACUAUAGUGUUUACACUCUAAUAUAGAAUUCUGAGUGAACUUUUUAAUUUGCAAUCAUGUGUGGUGUAUAAAAACUGUAUUUACAUGAUAUUUGGAAAAUGUUUUUGUGUGUUAAGUUUCAUAAUGGCGGCUCGUCGCGUCCCCCGCGCCUCCAUUUCAGUGACAGACAAAUUAUGUCAAUGCUGAUACAUAAAAAUCAAAAACUGUAUGAAAACUUGUAAACAUUAAGUGAAAUACAUUUUAUUAAGGAUGAAUCCGGAUCAUCAUAGUAUUAAUACUGGCGGUGGCCAGCCGCCUGGGAAUUCUGAGUCACAGAAUCAAAGAGUACAAUCAGCUCAACAGCAAAGUAUUACUCCUACGACUUCUGCAACAGAUCUAAGGGUGAACUCUGCAGCUGUAAAUGUCGCUUUGUCUAGCGUCGCAAAAUAUUGGGUGUUUACAAAUUUGUUUCCCGGUCCAAUACCUCAAGUUUCCGUAUACGGUUUGCCAACAAGUACUAGGAUUGAAAAUGGGAAACCAGUACAGGAUCUUGGACAGACCCAUACAAGUAUACUUAAUGGAGACCCCAAUAUUAUAUUGGGUCACCACAGUGGACAAUCACAGGUUACAGUCUCUGCCGGUGGCCAACAAAUACCAAUAUCUCAAAUCAUCACAACCCAAUCAGGACAAGGACAUGAAACCCUAGUGGCUCACACCCAGCAACAAGAGAUGUCAAGCCAGCAGUCUUCCAGUGGAACAACACAGGUACCCAAUAGUCGGGUCGAGUUUGUUCAACACCAUAACAUUGAUAUGGGCCAUCAUUCACAACAUAUCUUGCAACAGCAGUUAAUGGCGGCCAGACCAGAUCACUCCAACCAACAGGUUAGUGAGAUACAACUGACAGUAAGUGAAGAUGGUAUAGUAACUGUUGUAGAGCCAGGAGGUGGGAAGAUGAUGGACAAAGAUGAACUCCAUGAAACCAUUAAAAUGCCCACCGAUCACACUCAUCUUACGGUGCAUCAGCUGCAACAAAUUGUUGGACAUCAUCAGGUCAUAGACAGUGUUGUCCGCAUAGAACAAGCAACUGGUGAACCAGCCAAUAUUCUUGUGACUCAAAACCCCGAUGGCACAACUUCUAUAGAAACGAGUGCAGUUGAUCCUCUUCUGGUAAAAGAUGAGAAGAAUGUUGCCAAGAUUGAAUCGGCACAAUUUGCUGCACCGGCCGACAUAAAAGAUAUUAAGGGGAUUGAUUUAAAGAGUGUAAGCAGUAUGGGAGUGGAAGGUGCAGUGGUAAAGAUCUCGGCUGGUGCUGCUGACCAUGACCUGCAUGCCAUGUACAAAGUGAAUGUGGAAGACCUUUCUCAACUACUCGCCUAUCACGAGGUCUUCGGGAAACUUAGCAAUGAACAGCAAACGCCUCAACAACAGCAACAGCAACAACAGACACAACCAAAUAAGCAGCCAAUUCUGUAUGAAGUGGAGCUAGAGGCGAGUACAAGUGCAUCCAUGUCUGAAGCAGAGGCGUCUCCUGGUCACCAUGCUUGUGAUAUCUGUGGGAAAAUAUUUCAAUUUCGAUAUCAACUUAUUGUUCACAGACGGUACCAUGGAGAAGGCAAACAAUAUCCAUGUCAAGUGUGUGGCAAUGCAUUUUCCAAUCCAACAGAAUUGUCUAAACAUGGGAAAUGUCAUUUAGCUGGUGACCCAGCAGACAAAUUGAAGCGUCUAUCUCAAGACAAGCCUUACGCCUGCACAACUUGCCAAAAGACCUUCUGGCGGAAAGAACAUCUUGACAACCACGUCAGAACACACACCGGGGAAACUCCAUACAGAUGCCAAUACUGCGCCAAGACAUUCACCCGUAAGGAGCACAUGGUGAACCAUGUUCGUAAACACACGGGCGAGACUCCGCACCGCUGCGAGAUCUGCAAGAAGAGCUUCACGCGCAAGGAGCAUUUUAUGAACCACGUCAUGUGGCAUACGGGUGAAACGCCGCACCAUUGCCAAAUUUGCGGCAAGAAGUAUACUAGGAAGGAGCAUUUAAUGAACCAUAUGCGAUCGCACGCGAACGACACGCCGUUCCGAUGCGAACAGUGCGGAAAGUCCUUCACCAGAAAGGAACACUUCACCAAUCACAUUCUGUGGCAUUCUGGUGAAACACCGCAUCGGUGCGACUUCUGUUCUAAGACUUUCACUCGGAAAGAACAUUUGCUUAACCAUGUUCGACAACAUACGGGGGAAUCCCCGCAUCGGUGCAGUUUCUGUUCCAAAUCAUUUACGAGACGUGAACAUCUCGUGAAUCAUGUGCGGCAACACACCGGCGAAACACCUUUCCAAUGCGGCUACUGUCCUAAGGCGUUUACAAGAAAAGAUCAUUUAGUAAAUCAUGUCCGCCAACAUACCGGGGAAUCGCCACACAAGUGCUCAUACUGCACCAAGUCCUUUACGCGCAAAGAGCACUUGACAAAUCAUGUUCGGCAACAUACCGGCGAAUCUCCUCAUCGGUGUACGUUUUGCUCCAAGUCAUUCACCAGGAAGGAACAUCUCACUAACCAUAUAAGGCAACACACAGGGGAGACUCCAUUCAAAUGUACAUACUGCAACAAAGCGUUCUCGCGAAAGGAACACCUCACGAAUCACAUGCACAUACACACUGGGGAGACGCCGCACAAAUGUCCUUUUUGCACCAAGACCUUUUCGAGGAAAGAACAUUUAACUAAUCAUGUGCGGAUACACACGGGCGAGUCGCCGCACCGUUGCGAAUGUUGCGGCAAAACGUUCACCCGAAAGGAACAUCUCAACAACCACAUGCGACAGCACACUGGAGACAGCCCUUUCACGUGUAAAGCGUGCUCUAAGACAUUCACCCAAAAGGAGCACCUAGUCUCACAUAUGAAGUCACACGCCUGUAGCGACAAGCCGUUCGUUUGCGGCGAAUGUGGAAAAGCAUUCCCGCUCAAAGGCAAUCUCCUUUUCCACGAGAGAUCCCACUCAAAAUCCGCCACGUCAAAAGUAUUCAAAUGUACCAUAUGUUCUAAAGAAUUUAUGUGCAAAGGUCAUUUAACAACGCAUCGUCGCACGCAUACUGAGAACACGAAUCAGGAAAAUGCUGAAGACAACGAUGUAUGCAUGGAGGAAUGUGGAAAACCGUUUGAGGCAGAGCCCCUGGAGGUUGAUAGAAAACCGGAUAUCAGGCAAGCUAUCAUUCUGCCUCCAUCGGAAAUGGAAGUGACCGAAAAUACAGUUCCUCAACCUAACACUGUGAUGCAAGUGACUACUCAGCAAGUGCGUGCAACAGUCCCAUCCAGCUCCACCAACGUCCCUACUGGCGCGUUUGCUCAGACGCAGCAUCACACCGCCGUAGCGCAUCACACCGUCACCGUUAACUACUAGCAAUACUGAGUGGACACGACGCUCGAGUUGACCUCAACUCGCCCUUGACAAUUUUUAAAUAAAACAUUGCUAUAGUCUGUGCGAAAAAAUAAUCGUCGCCGUCUUUAAGUUGACAACAAUGUUACGUCAUUAAAGUUUGACAGUAAUCAUAUAAAUAUAAUCAAUCAACCGUAAAUCAAGUUAGACAUUUGAUACUUUAUGCCCGCCUUCCAUUGCGAGCGGAACUGACCCAUUACGGACUCCGCUAUACUCGUAACGAUGAUUUUCAUACCAAAGCGGAGACGAGCGCAGCGGAGAGAGCGAGUUGAAAGAGUCACAUAUGAGGUUAGCCAGUUGACCGAGUUUCCCACGGAAAUGAAAAUUAAAAUGUAAGAAAAUCAUCACUAGUAUAGCGGAGUCCGUUCCGCUCGCAGUGGAAGGUGUGCAUUACAGUUGGAGUACGAUGUUAAAAUCAUAUUAUUACUUCGCCAGUCGGUUCUCUUUCCGUACACUAUGUGUAUUUUAGCUUUAUAUGCCAUUGUUGGUAGCGUAACCUUUCAUCAAGAACAAAAAUUAAUAGGUUUUUAAUCGUGAUUGGCAUUUAAAUCAUUAACUGGAUAUAUCUAUGAAGUAUCGACUUACUUAAAAGGUCCAGUGGGCAAUCCUUGGCUAACGCUACUAGCCACAACUGCUAGAGAAUGCGUCGCCCCAUAGUGCUAAAGACUUGUCUAAAAAAUACAGUAUAAACAGUUUUUUUUUAAUAAAUAAUAUAUGACAUUAUCUAUGGCUAUUACGUUAAAUGAUAUAGAUGUGUCACAGACUACUUAGUGCCAUUAAAAUUUUAAGAUUAAUUGGGUUUAAAAAAAUGGUUUAUUUCAUUGGUGUCAUAGUUUUUUAAGUAGCUGUGUAUAUAUGUAAAGUUUAAAAGGCUUUACAAUUUUAAGAGUCAAUCUAGAUUGUUGAUUGCUGUAAUUAUCUUGUGAUAUGUGAUUAAAAUAAUAUAUACAAAGCCGUUUUAAACAAGAUAUUAAAUUUAAGUAGUAUCAUCUAAUACAUAGGUAAAUACAAAAACAAUAACCAGGUUUUUACCAUUAAGUAGCCUGUUGCAGUAUUAACUAUGCUUAUGUCAGUUUUUUCUUUUUUCAUGACUUGACUUCAAUAUACAUUCCUUUUGACCAAAUCAUCAAAAAACUCCUUAAAAAUUUAAAUGCUAUCGUUUUUACAAUACUUAACAUCCUGUUAAGUUUCUUGACUACCUUGCUAUAGUCUUGUCGUAUUUGCCAUUUUUGUGUACAGUGUGUGAUAUUUAAUAGUGAUUAAAAAUUCUAUGGAAACUAUUUCUAACAUGGCAAACUAAGAAGUGGUGUUGUAAUCACUUCCUUCACCAUUUGUAGCAUGUAGGCAAUUUGUAUGUAUAUGUAAAUAUAUAGAAAUAAAUUAUGAUUUUGUUAGCGCAUGUUAUUUGGCUAAGUAACAUCUUUUAAAUAUUAUGUAAAAAAAUAGGAAUAGCGAUUAAGAAUCGUAUUGUAAUCCUAGGGUUUUAUCAUAAGGUGCGAGAACCAUUGAAAUAGCUGUUAUCGGGAAAUUAGUAUGAUAGUUUAUCUUCAAUGGUACCACGCUAUUUAUAUUUUGCUUAAGAUUUUUAAACUGUAGUGUGUAUCUACUAAAUUUUAAAUUAUAUUCAGUAAUUUGAUAUGAACGAGAUUAAAAAUAUGAAACUAAAAA